UACCAGUUAAAGAAAAAUUCUGAAAGAAAAAACAUAUUUUUGUUUUGAAACAUUAAUUUAGGUUUCUUCCUGUGAUCCUAAGAAACCCAUUUUAAAUUUAAUUCCCAAAACAUCAUUAGCUGAGUCCUCUAAAAAAAAUUUCAUAAAUAAAAAUCGGAUCUUCUUUUUUGCUGAUAAACUUUCCCAUUAAGAAAGAUCCAAAUCCAUUUAUUUAUAUAAAUUCCCUUUUGAUCACAUAAAACCCUUCUCUCUUUCUUUCUAAAAGCUUCGCUUUACCUUUUCACCCUUUUUCUUUUCAGAAAUUUCAGGGUCCUCAAUCUUGCAAACAAGAGCAUAAGCCAAGCUCUGGUUCUGUUACCAGAAAAAGAGGCAUUAGGUUUUGCAUAAUUGGUUCACCUGCAACAGAAUGGAUCAACAAGGACAUGGACAUCCCCCAGCUACAGGAAUAAUGAGUACUGCUGGUCAGAUGCCAUAUGGCACAAAUCCUUAUCAGAUGAACCAAAUGUCUUCUGCCCAAAAUCCAGGGUCAGUUGGAACCGUGCAAUCUGCUGGGCAGCCAGCAGGAUCUCAGCUGGCACAGCAUCAACUUGCAUAUCAGCAACUCCACCAUCAACAGCAACAGCAACUACAGCAACAACUUCAGACUUUCUGGGUGAAUCAGUAUCAAAAAUUGGACAAGGUUGUUGACUUCAAGAAUCAUAGCCUUCCCCUAGCAAGGAUCAAGAAGAUAAUGAAGGCUGAUGAGGAUGUAAGGAUGAUAUCAGCUGAGGCCCCUGUUGUAUUUGCCAGGGCGUGUGAAAUGUUUAUUUUAGAACUGACCUUGCGAUCCUGGAAUCAUACAGAAGAGAACAAAAGGAGGACAUUACAAAAGAAUGACAUUGCAGCAGCCAUCACUAGGACUGAUAUUUUUGAUUUCUUAGUUGACAUUGUUCCAAGGGAGGAUCUGAAAGAUGAAGUACUGGCUUCAAUAGCUAAUGAAACGAUGCCUGUUGGAGGGCCUGCUGAUGCACUCCCGUAUGGUUAUAUACCACCUCAGCAUGUAGCUCAAGAUGGAACUCCUGGGAUGAUAAUUGGUAGACCUAUGAUGGACUCAGCCAUCUAUGCGCAGCAUUCUCAUUCCUAUAUGGCGCAACAGAUGUGGCCACACCAGGGAUCGGAAGAACAACAAUCACCCUCAGGUCAUUAAUGACUGGAUAAGGAAGUUAAGGAUAUGUAAGUUCUGUUUUUAACUUAUCUAUCACUACAGCAUGAAAGUUGUGUCUGCCAGCCCAAAGUUUUUAAGAUAAUAUGAGCAUCUUGUAGAAAAUUUUUGUUAUGUAAUUAGUUGCAGCAACACUUUUGAUUCUUCUCAGAUUUAAUUACUUUUCUUGUAGAUUCUUAAGGGUGAGCAGAGUUCUGUUCAAACUGAAAUAGCCGACCAAACUGAACUGGAUUAAGAUUUUGGUUCAGUUUAUUAAGAAAUUCAGUUUGUUUCGGUUUUUUUUUUU